UUCUCAAUCUUAUCCCCCAUUGCAAUUUACAAGCCGUUCCGCGUGGGUCGCCUGAUGGCUGCCGCCGCCGCCGCCGCGACGUCAUGGUGGGUUCUCCGGAGACCUAUCUCCUCCGCUCUCCUCGCGAGGCGCGCGAACCCUGGACUCCUGCGUACCACCCUCUGCAUUUCCUCCUCCGCAUCCGCCACCGCCACUCCACCGCCGUCUCCGUCUCCGUUUCCGCCUGACACCUCGGCCGACGAUGGAGGCAGCGGGAUGAGGUGGGAGUCUGCGCGAAAGAAGAGGGUCGUGCUCCGCGUCGGCUACGUCGGCACCGAGUACCGAGGCCUUCAAAAGCAGCGGGAGCUCAGCGUGGACUCGACCAUUGAGUCAGUCUUGGAAUCUGCCAUCUUCAAGGCAGGUGGCAUUCUUGAGAGUAAUUAUGGAAAACUGCAAAAGGUUGGGUGGGAGAGGAGUAGCCGAACUGAUAAAGGGGUACACUCGUUGGCUACGAUGAUCUCCCUUAAAAUGGAAAUCCCUGACAGAGCAUGGCAGAAUGAUCCUGAUGGUAUUGCUCUUGCCAGUUUCAUCAACUCAAAUUUACCGAACAAUGUCAGAGUUUUCAGUAUGUUGCCUGCACAAAGGAAUUUUGAUGUAAGGAGGGAGUGCUUAUACCGGGAGUACUUCUAUCUUCUGCCUGCUGAAAUUAUUGGAAUUAAAGAUGGCUGUAGCUCUGAGGAAGUGCAAGAGCACUUGUCAGAAUUCAACAGCAUAUUGAAAGGCUUUGAGGGAAACCAUCCGUUUCAUAAUUACACUGCCCGUGCCAAGUAUAGGAAGGAUCUAGCAGGAAGACGCCAAAGGGUCAAAGGAGCAAUCUCGACAUCGAAGUCCAUGUCCUCUGAAAUAGGUAUGGACGAAAGUUCUUCUGAUGAGAGCAUUGCUUCAGACCAUGAUGAAGAAAACUUGAAUGUUUCGUCAACGAUUGAUUCUAGUGCAUCAAACUACAAUUGUAUGAUGAAGGAUAUUGCCAAACUUUCUGAAAACCGGCUGCAGAUUCAAGCUAGGUGGCUGCAUGAGCCUGAUGAAAGUGAUAGAUUAAAUGCUUCACAUUUCAGAGAUAUCAUCACCUGCUCCUGUGGAGAGUUGCAGAGUUCAUCAGGCAUUCAAUUUGUGGAAUUGACCAUAUGCGGAGUAUCGUUCAUGCUACAUCAGAUCCGGAAGAUGGUUGGAACAUCAGUGGCAGUGAAGCGUGGAUUACUACCCAAAGAUAUCAUAGAACUGUCUCUUGCAAAGUUCUCAAGAAUCGUUCUACCAAUAGCACCUCCGGAAGUUCUGAUCCUUAGAGAUAGCAGUUUCUGCUCAAAGAACCGGGAAGGAAGAAUUGUUCGCCCUGGGAUCGAGUCAUUGAACAAAUCAGAAGAAAUAAGGAAGGGGGUUGAGGAAUUCUACAAAGCAGCUCUUUUGCCUGAGCUAGCAAAAUUCUUGGAUCCAUCUAUGCCUCCAUGGGAAGAAUGGGUGGAGAACUUGGACCAAUUCACUGGCAUGCCAGAUUCGCAGUUGAAUGAAGUUAGGGAGGCCUAUAGAAUAUGGAAAGAUGAUUAUGACCGAGUAAAGAUGGCUAGAAAGAGUGCUAGCAGCAUCUAAUUUCAUUACCAAGCUGCUGGCGAGGUGGACGAUGAACUAAAUUGAUUUGUUCACUGGAGUGAAUGCCAUUUUUCUCCUUUAGUCAUUUCCGUGUAGUGGAGUUACCUGACUAUUGGGUUGAAAAUGUGACCAUCUGUUUGGAUGAGGGGGUUGUUCUAGUAAUUUCUAGGAUUUAGUUCAUAGCUGAAAUAAAUCCUAGAGAUUUGGUUCUAAAUCCUUCCUAUCCAAGCAGGCACCUGGAGUUACAGUUCUCCCCCACAGGAACAAUUAUGAGAACAUGAGAUUGAUCAGACCAGGACAACCUGCAGAUUGAAAUUAUUGAGAUUUUGCUUC